UCCGAUCGUAACUUGAAAAUCAACGGCGAAGGCUCAUCAUCAUCGCUUGUUCGUGACUGUAGCCUGAAAAUAUUUUUGUGGAUGACGUUCUCUCGCGCGGCCGAGAUCGACGGAGCGACGUUUACGGUUAUUAUUGCGUGCUUGUGGCGUGCACGGAAUCUGGUUGGCGUUUCCCUCCAGUUUCCUCGCUGGACGGACUGCGCGAUGGAGAGUAUAUUCCACGAGAAGCAAGAGGGAUACCUGUGCGCCCAGCACUGCUUGAACGCGCUUCUGCAGGGCCCAUACUUCAAUGCCGUGGACCUGGCGAACUUUGGUCACCAGAUGGACGAGGAGGAGAGGAUCCGGAUGGCUGAGUCGGGCGUCGAUAGCGAGGACUACAAGCUGUUUCUCGAGCAACCAUCGGGAAACAUGGACGACAGUGGAUACUUUUCAGUUCAAGUUAUUAGCAGUGCUUUGAAAGUUUGGGGUUUAGAACUGAUUCCAUAUAACAGCACGGAACCGACAGCUUUACUGGCACAAAAUGAUCCUUCACGGAUGAGAGCAUAUAUUUGUAAUUAUAAAGGACAUUGGUUUACAAUAAGAAAGCUCGGAAGCCAGUGGUUUAAUUUAAAUUCAAUGCUUAGCGGGCCUCAACUUAUAUCAGACACUUACCUCACGAUGUACCUAGCUCAAUUGUUACAAGAAGGUUAUUCUAUCUUUAUUGUUAUUGGUACCCUUCCACAAUGUCCUGCUGAAGAUGUACUCCUGAAAAAUCCCAUAGUCGCAACGAAAAGCAAUCCAAACUCGGAAUCAAAAAUCACAUCCAAAGGCAAUCGCUUAGGCACCAAGGCAGAAGAUGAAAUCUUGAAAGCCGCGCUCGCGAUGGGAGAAGUAAAAGUUCCACAAUCCUCAAGUGCAAUCAGAAGUAUAUCUUCGCUCUCUCAUAAACCUGAUCUGUCCACGGAUGAACCUCGCGAAAGGAUAAUUCCCAUAAGAAUCGAAGGCAGAGAAGAGAAGAGCGACGAAGAGGAAGACGAGAAUGUACAAUUAGCUAGAGCCCUGCAAAUGAGUUUGCAGAACGAUGAGGACGACGUAGACAAAACUCUGAAGUUGAGACUAGAUCUUCAUACCGAUGAUAAAACGACGCAUUUAGCUGAUUCGAUGAAUGACACGGAUGAAGAUGAUGAGUUGAGACGAGCAUUGCAACUGAGUCUUGAGUGCGUAACCGCCCCACCAACACCUGAUCCCGAAGAUUUACGUUGGCGUCGGUUGAAUCAUUUUAUCUACGCGAGGACGCCGAACAGUGAAGCCCCCGCGAAGCUAAACACUUAACAAUAAGCGCGAACUCUGCACAAAUUAUCUAUUACUAAACAAAUCAUUGUAUUAUAAAUUAUACGAUCGAGUAAUUGAACUCGGAAAGGUAUGUCACUUUGUAUACUAAUGAUAAGAGAUAUCUUAUGUCAAAUCGGUUAUAAAAGAAAAAAAAGCACAUUUCCGGUUCCUCGAAACUGAACAGAAUUUUCGUUGACGUCUUGUUCUCUCUCUCUCAACUUUGUUAUACUAAUCGUUCUACAAAAUAAAAACGUUUGAGCAAGGAAUCUCAUUGUUAAUUUUGAUAUGAGGAUAGUUAUAUAAGUAUUCAUUUAUAAUAAUAUAUAUUUGAAAAAAGAUCGACAUCUAAUAAAAAAUUGCAAUAAUAUAUUUUUGAUGUACAUAAACUCAAGAAGAUUAAAAUGUUUUUAGUUUCGAUUAAAUUUAGUCGACAAUUGAUUAGUCAAAUAUCUGUAUUUUGUUAGUCGUAAAUAGAAUUAUUAAUUAGAAUUAUUAAUAGAAUUAGUAAUUAGAAUUAUUAACUUUAUUAUACAAAACAGAGAAAAUUAGAUAAAGAGCUAAGUUUAAGCAUUCUAUCAGAUAAAUUAAUUGUCAAUUAA